GGGCAUCACAAAGAGGACAACAAACCUACUGUGAACUUAACUUUGUAAGUCUCUUUGAAAUGAGCAGUUGGGGCCAUGCUCCAGGUUACUUCAAAUAUUGCAUGUGCCCAUUUUGGCUCUGCUAAUGUGAAUGUCCGGAAUGUGGAGGAUGGCGAUAAUUCACAGUAUGAAGAUCAGGCAAACUGUGGCAGACCCCGUUCCCGAUCUCUUUACAGCUCUGAGGAGACAAAAUGCUCAACAGGAAACACUGACAAGGACAGAAGUCACAUAAGACCACGUUCAAGAUCAUUCUAUGUUUGUGACACUGCUGAUGCAGGAACGGGUGACGAUGGCAAAAGAAACACUAAAAUCACUGGAAAACCUCUGAUCAAAAGUCCUGAAGGCAACUCAGGCAAAUGGGCCAGCGAGGAACUUCCAGGAAAUAAAGAAAGUUUAAAGGGUGUAUCCAUGAUGACCAUUUCUAAGGUGGAUAACUGGGAGAUAAGCUCUUCUUCUGGGAUGAAAUACAGUCAGUAUGUAGACUGGGAAAAGAUCGACCCAGAAGCGGCCAUCUGUUAUAGGAAGAUCCUCUCAAGUGAUCAUUAUGAACUCAAAGCAAUGGGCCGUACAGGAUUCUGGUCCAUGCCUCAUACUCUCAGAUCCAAGGCUUACCAGCACAUCAUCCACAGCAUCGAGAGCACAUCCACCUCCGCUGAUAUGGACACCUACCAUGGCUUAGUUGGGAAGAUUUUUGGGGAAUUUCAAACAAGCACACACCCUUUCCCAAAGUUUAUGGAGAAUGGGGAAAUUCCCAGAUACUGCCUUAAUAAAGCAGGUCUGAAUUCAGUUAAAAGAAUUCUCAUUUGUAUAAACCACCAUUUUCCUGAUGUCAGCUUCUGUCCCAUUCUGUCCGCUCUGGUGUCGCUUCUCUUACACUUCAGUGAGGAUGAAGCACAGUGUUUCCACAGUAUUAGUUCCCUGCUGUCCUACACAGACCCUAAAAAGCGUUAUAUUGAUCGGACUUUCCUCACUUCACAUGCCUCAUGCAUGAUCUUUGGCGACUUUGCCAAUAAAUACUGCAGGGGAAUCUGGAAGCUAAUAGCCAGCUCUCACCAGAACCUAUUUGAGUUCUACUCUGACUGGAUCAUGUGGAUCUUCGCAGAUCUACCUUUCACAUACGCCAUCAGAGUGCUGGAUGUCUAUCUAAUGGAGGGCUACAAAGUUUUAUAUCGUGUAGCUCUUGCUCUACUCAGUCUUUAUAAGGUCUCCAUGUCUUCACGAGGGCCCCAUGAUGUCGAUGACUUCAGACAGGACAUGAAGAGUUUUGUGCAGAAUGUGGGACGGCACAGUACUAUUGACUCUCUAUUUCAGAGGGCUUUCAGUAUACAGUUGCCCACACGCAAAGAGCUGACUUAUCUCUUCAAUGCCAACAAGGAUGCACUUAUUCAUAAGGACAUCCACAAUAAGAGCUCAUUCCAAGAUAUGGAAUUUCGGGCCUUCAGCUCCUCUGUAGUGACUGAAACAGAGAUGAGGGUGGUCUGGGCCUGGAUUCCAGAGCGAUUUGCUUUAUUCAGUCCUGUGCAGCUAUUCGCUACAAAUGUUCAUGGCAGAAGUCUCUCCUCGUUUUAUUCCAGAGUUGAGGGGCACGAUCCAACUGUUUUACUGUUGAAAACUGCAGAUGAGGAGAUUUGUGGGGCUUUCUUGUCAUCUGACUGGGCUCAGAAGAAUUGUGAUGAAAAGGGAUGUAAGUUCUUUGGCACUGGAGAGUGUUUUGUUUUCACUCUUCGACCAGGAGUGGAACCGUAUCAGCGUACAGUGUUGCAGAUCUCUGGGAUGUCUGACAAAUGUGAUUUCUCUCAUCAGAAACAAACUUUCUCCACUAGUUCUCUGAUAAGCACUCAUGUGGACAGACCCACUGGAGUCUCUCAGAAUCAAAGAUGCAAGUUUGCAUCAUUCUGCACAGAUUCAAACAUCAAAUUCAUGGCAGGAGAUGAUGAGACACUUUUUAUUGGUGGUGAUGGUGGGCACGCUCUGCAUCUGCAGGCUGACCUGUCAGCUGGCUGUACUGAACACUGUGAUACGUUUGAGAGUCCACCUCUCUGCAGGGGAUGCUUCAAGAUCCAGUCUCUAGAGGUGUGGGGAAUCCAGCACUCUUUGUCUGUUCCAUCGCUUCUUUCACAGUGAAGACUGUGGAGGAAAUGUGUUCACUGUCCACAUAUAUCGAAGGUCACACUACCAAAUGUCAUUAAGCCUCGAGCCAAAGCUAAGGACAUUAAAGCAGUUUUUUGACUGCUGUGUAGGACUACAAUUGUUGUGCUACUGCAGUAUGAACAGAAUAAAAACCUGUAGAUUUAAUGUAGCUGUAGACUUAUGUGAUUAGAUUAUUUUAAUGUUUGUACUCCUAUUGUUGACAGUAUUUCUGGAAUAAAUAAAGUUUGUAAAGGGAGUAUUCAAA